AUGGGAGCUCGUAAGCUGUUGAGUGCCUUAAGUCGCAAGUACAUCCUACCUAAUGGCAUCUCUGCUUGCGAGAGAGCAGUUCAAGGCUGCCACUCGUGCAUGCAGCGGAAACCACCGCAGAAGAAGCUCGGCAAGAUGCGAAGUACACCCCCGUCCACCCCAUGGAGCACUGUCGCCCUAGACUUCUGUGGCCCGUACCCCACUAGCGAGUCCGGUAUGCGCUACGUGCUGGUGAUUACCGACCAAUUUACGAAGUGGGUCGAGCUGAUUCCCACCAAGGAUCAGUUGUCCUUGACGGUUGUGCAAGUAUUCUAUGAGCGUAUCAUCUGCAGACACGGAUGCCCCCUUCGAGUCCUUAGCGACAACGGCCCACAGUUCCGUUCGGCGCUCGUGGCCCUUCUAUGCCAAUACUUUGGUAUGCAGAAGAUCUUCUCCUCUGCGUAUUAUCCACAAGGUGAUGGCUAUGCGGAGCGGAUGAUGCGUACUCUCAACAACUCGUUGGCCUCUCUUU